AUGGCCACCGAGCCCUGGAAGGGGCUGCUCCAAACUGAGACGCACGAGGCCAUCCCAGAGGAGCAGCUCCUGUCUUGUGGGGCCAGUGACUGCCUGAUGGCCGCGGCGUCCACCAACAGCACCCAGCGUCCCUCGCAGAUGCUCGUCUACACCCUGCUGGGCAUCUACACGGGGAGCGGCAUCCUGGCGGUCCUGCUCAUUGCCAUGUUUCUCGAACCCAUCAAAGAUGCUCAGCAGGAAAGUGAAGGAGAGAAGAAGUUACCUUUUUGGUCCACCCUGCUGUCCACCCUCAGGCUUCUUCGAGACAAGCGCCUGUGCCUCCUGGGGCUGCUGCCUCUGUACAGCGGAUGUGAGCAAGCCUUCCUCGCGGGCGACUACACCAGGUCCUACACCACCUGCGCCCUGGGGAUCCAGUUUGUCGGGUACGUGAUGAUCUGCUUCUCGGCCACCAACUCGCUGUGCUCUGUGCUGUACGGAAGUCUCUCCCAGCACACGGGUAGAAUCGCUCUCUACGCGCUGGGCGCGGUCACCCACCUGUCUUGCAUCAUCGCCCUCUUGCUGUGGAAACCUCACCCCCACCAGCUGGCUGUGUUCUUCGUGUUUUCUGGCCUUUGGGGCGUGGCCGAUGCCGUCUGGCAGACACAGAACAACGCUCUUUACGGCGUUCUGUUCGAGAAGAACAAGGAGGCUGCCUUUGCGAAUUACCGCCUGUGGGAAGCGCUGGGGCUCGUCAUUGCAUUUGGAUACAGCACGUUCUUGUGCGUCAACAUCAAACUCUACAUCCUCCUGGGAGUCCUGAGUCUGACCAUGCUGGCGUACGGGGCUGUGGAGUACCUGGAGGCCAAGAACCUGGCCAGGCCAGCUGCCUCAGAACAGACAAAGCCAGCGGAGGGGGCAGGAGCAGAGACCGCCAUGUGA